GAACAGCGGUCGGUACGAAAUAAGAAAACAAAGCAGCUUUGAACAAGAAACUUUCAAAAUAGAAAGAAACUGGGCUGAGUUGAGGCCAAUGGCAGAUUCAGUCAGAGAGUUGAAGGAAAACUGCCCUCCAGCUGUGCAACAGGGACACAGACCUAGACAUUUCUGUGGUAGUUCUAAACCUCUGAGAGAAUCAAACACAGGAGAUAUGCCAGUAGUGAAGAGUGCAGCCUCCAAGUAUGAAGGGGGGCAGUCAUACCAACAAGCUAAGAGGGUGGAGAAAGAGGACAAGGAAAACAGACCCAGAAAACCAUCAGGCAGAAAAACAAGACAGAAAACAAAACAAUCAAAUUUAGAUUUUGAAAUUUUUGAUAAUUAUACACAGAUGUCAGCACCAUUCAUGCAAUCCAAUAAUAUAAAAAAGAUGAAGGUGCCUCAGAGGCCAAUUUCAAAGACUUCAGAUUAUGUUCCAAAACCAGCAAACCAUGACUUUAUGCCAGCAAGUAGAGACCAUAUGAUAAAACUACAGGGACCUCUGCCUAGGAGUCUCCAAGGAAGCCCAGAAUCUCAACUCUCAAACUGGACAGAGAGGAACCGUGGCACAUGUACAUCUGGUUACCAUAGCGACACAGAUACAGAAGCCAUAGCAACCAGCAGUCAAGUUGAUGAUUGCAAUGUAGCAACUGAAGUCAUGGUAACUGCAAGUAAUUUUACUGUGUCUCAAAGUGGUACAGACACAGAAACUGUGGUAACCAACAAAAUGGACAGUUACCAUAGAAACACAUUUAAGAGAGCCAUAACCACAGAUAGAAAGGCUUGUUGCCAAGGUGAUGCAACCAUGGCAACCAAAAGGACAAAUAGCCACUGUAGCAGUGGUGACAUUCAUGAUUCUAGUAACAACAUACAGCAUUUGUCACCUUUGAGUAACAUUAGCUCGACAAUGUUUGUUUGUCACCGGAGUCCGUCUGGCCAUCCUGUUCAAAGCAAUGUUAGCGAACAAGCUAGUGUAGACUACAGAGGUAGUACCAGAGCUAGUGGGAGAUCAACAUUUGGCUGCAGACUAUCCAGAGGGCAACAGACAGCUAAGACAUCCCAUAUCAACUCUGAUACCCACUCUGCAUCAGGCUAUAAGACCAGUGAUGUUGGGAGUGCUGGUGACAGUGUGACAUUAUAUUGUCAGUCAGACAACACCCUCACAACAAAGGAAUUGGAGACCCCCUACACUGCUGCCCCCUAUUGUGAAAACGAGAUGAAUGAAGCAGAGAAAGUGCAACACUGGUUGAAUGUCUCGUCUUUUCAAACUGAGUUGAAUUGCUAUCUGACCCCUGUGCUUGCCAUCUGCCCCAGGGAAGCAGGGUGCACUGUCAUAGGUGGUUUAUAA